GCUCGCAGCAUCUGUCGGAUCCAACCACCACGUCGCCGUCGCCUUCAUCGCCGUUGCCGCCGACUCUCGACUUGCUUUGCAUUGCAGAAGCAGUCACACACACCCUCACGCUCUCAAGCUCGCGCCGGUGCCCUGUCCAGGUCCACCGCCUUCUUAACCGUCCGUCGCAGUAGCCUUUCAGAUACAACACUAGCACGCCCAGCAUGCAUACCUCUGCUGCCCUUCGUAGGGCGGCGGCCUCGUCGAGCUUCACGCUGGCCUCGGGCGCCAAGGUUCCCAAGCUGGGCUUUGGCACCUGGAAGCUCAAGCCUGAAGAGGCAGGGCCUGCCGUAUCGCAGGCCCUCAAGGCGGGCUUCCGUCACAUUGACUCGGCGUGGACUUACAAGAACGAACAAGCCACCGGAGAGGCUAUUCGCAAGUCCGGCAUCGACCGCAAAGAUUUGUGGAUCACCUCGAAGCUGUGGAACUCGUUCCAUGGCGACAACGUCGAAAUGGGCGUCGACGCUAGCCUGCGAGACCUUGGCGUAGACUAUCUCGACCUCUAUCUCAUGCACUGGCCGGUAGCAUUCCGCAACCCAAAGAACUCGGAGCUCUCUGCUCUCAAGUCUCAGGAUGGCCGCCCGAUCGAGAACCACAUUCUUUCAGAGGACCUUGCAGUCACAUGGAGGAAUCUCGAGGCGAUGGUGAAGAAGGGCAAGAUCCGCAACAUCGGAAUCAGCAACUUCAACAUUCGUCGCACAGACUACCUCCUUGAGCAGGCCGAGAUCCAGCCUCAGGUUAACCAGGUCGAGGUCAACUGGGGUGUGCCCAACGAUGAGCUUCUCCACUACUGCCAAGCCCACCAGGUCCAGGUGCAGGCCUACAGCCCCCUGGGCAGCAGCGACUACGCCGAGGAAUACGCGCAAAACCCGAUCAUCGCAGACGUCGCCAAGCGCAACAACAUCACACCAGCGCAAGCGCAGCUCGCAUGGCACAUGGCUCGUGGCAUUCAGCCCAUUACCCGAUCUGUCCGAAUGGAGCGCCUCCAAGAAGCAAUCGCAGCCACCCAGAUCGACCUGCCCUGGUCAGAUGUCCAGCACCUCACCCGUGAGGCUGAGAACAAGCCGAUCCAGCGCGUUGUAGACCCGACCGAGGCAUGGAACGUCAAGGAGGACAUCUUCGAGGAUGGCGUUGACCAGACCCGCCUCAUGAACCUCAAGGGAGGCAGCAUCGAGGUGCCCUUCCCGCAUGACUCCCAGGAUGCUCCUCAGGCCGCACACAGCGGCAGCAGCCACUACCUCGAGCCCCGCAACGAUCCCUUCACCGAGAACAAGCCGACUGAGGCUGUCGCUCGGUUCCACACCAUCGCUGGUGCCGGCGCUCGCAAGAACGCUACCCGCGGAUCCACCGUCGUCCAGCAGCUCAUGUCAAGGCGCGCUUUCUCAUCAUCACGCCGCUCGGCCGCCCCCGCUCCAUCGACACCCUCGACCUUCCUCGCCACCACCUCUAAGCAAGCCCUUGCCACCCCGGGACUCGUAUGGACGGACGGGCAAACAAACGCACCGCGCGAGACGCGCAAGAUGAACAUGUGCACGGUACGUGGCCACCGUUUCGCUUCGUCCAUUGCGAGCUCGAGCCCGAACCAUAUGUCUACCGUACCUCCGCCGACGCCCUCGACGCCGUCAUCGUCGAGGAGCAACCGAAAGUAUCCGGCGCGAAAGGCGUUCCUUCAUGCACAGUACCUUAGGCUGCUGCAGAAGUCGCAGUUCGUCCUCUUCCUUCAGCCGAACAAUCUCUCGGUCGCAGAGGCUACAAAGCUGAGGGCAGACCUCGCUGCUGUACCUCUCCCCGAGGGCGUUGACGCCUCGGAGCAGGCGCGCCUGACGGUCACGCGUACCGGCGUCCUGCGUCCUGCGCUGCGCGACGUAGUCCGUGCGGACAGCAAAGCCUCGUUGGCAACGCUGGAGAGCAUCCUCUCUGGACCUCUAGCGAUGUUGACGAGCCCUUCGCUGUCGCCAGACUACGUCAGCAAGCUCCUAGGCGUCAUCGACCGAGCCAUGGGCAACGUUGUGAAGCGAGGUGCUGCAACGCCGGCAGUCAAUCCGCGCUUGGUGCCUCUGGCUGCUAUUGUCGAGGGUCACCGCCUCGUCGACAUUCCCGGCCUGAGGGAAGUGGGCAAGCUGCCGGAUCUGCAGACGCUGCGCGCGCAGAUUGUCGGUCUGCUCAGCCAGCCCGCGGGCCAGAUUGCCUCUAUCCUUUCGAUGGCAUCUGGGGCUCAGCUUGCCCUCACCCUCGAGGGAAGGAAGAGGCAGCUCGAGGAGAAGGAGCCAAAAGAGCAGCAGCAGCAAUAGAGGUGCGGGCACGGCGGUCGACAAGCUCUUCGUGCUUGAUUGUCCCCGUCUCCUCCCUUCAUGCUCGCUCAUUUGCCUGGCGUUCUCCCGGCUCGCCCUCGCCAGCCUUCUCUCCACCAAUAGAAUGUACCAACAACCCCCUCCCGUUCGUGGCUCUGUAAUGAUUCGUGCUCCUGGGUUCCCGCAAUGUCUAGAUCCACCCUUCAUCUCUUG